UUACGAGCGUGGACACGGUGUUUCAAUGUGGUGACAUAAUCUUGAGCGAUCGAAUAAAUAACGCGUCGUGUUGCGCUCGAUAUUGCCUCGGAGCAACGGGCAACAUAACCUAAAAAGCGUGAUACUCUUAUUAGUCUACAAAAGGUUAGAAGGAUUGGAAAAGUGCUGUAAAACGAAGAUGAGAAGAGCAGUUGAUAGUAGAUUUGUGUCAAAAAACUGAAAUUUCCGAUUGGAGACACGACGAUAAACUCGGGCUCAUCCUGAACCUGUGAAAAAAAAAUAUGCUCGUGAGAUAUCUAAGAAAAAAAUAUAUCUUUUUGCUUGUAUCGCUUGUAUUAUCGUAAAUGAGAAGAUUAUAUUCGAUGAGAGUGCUCUUUAAAGUUAUCAUUUAUAGCUGGGACCGGGUUAUCUCUCGUGUUUUGAAAUCGUUUUAAUUGGAGUAAAAUUAUGCUUGUGGGUGAUCUCGAUGAAACUCCGAUCAACUUAAUCAGUAAUUAAUUUAAUUGGUAGAACCAUACUUCUAGCUACGUGAUUUGUGGUCCAGAUCUUUCGUUUCCAUGCAUUAAGCAACGAGAAAUUGUUCUAUCUGCGGUGACAAAGUAUAGUACAGAAUGAUCGCUUUGCUCGCACGAAUUGGCAACUCCGCGACUGGUCUGCGCAGCAGAAAUCUCAAUUGCUGGACGGCGGCGAUUACGAGGAAGCACAGAGCGGUAUACGAACGGACGUAUCCUACGACGCUCGUCUUUUCCGACGGUAGCAGUAUAGAGAUCCAGUAUCAUGAACCGCGGAAGAUAAUAGUCUUACCGUUGAAUCUCGCCGAACUUACGGAGGCGGAACAGAAAAAGAGACUCGAGAUGCGUAAGCCGAAAACGAAAGUAGUUCUAGCCGAAGAAAUUGAGGAUAGCUUCGAUGAGAAUAGAUAUCUCAAUUUUAACAAGUGAUUGCCUCGGCGUUUCUGAAAUCUGUAUUAUAUAUAUGUUAUAUUUGUGCAAAAAUAUAUGUUAAUAACUCUUUGAGACUCUAACGUAGAAGGUUAUUUUAUUUUUUGUUUAGUAUAAUGUUUUAAUAGUUGUGUUCGUUUUUUUUUCUGUAGUAUAAAAUAUAAAUAAAUGUAAAUAUUAUUACUAUAAACUUUUGUGAUACAUAUGUCAAAACGUAGUGGUAGGAAAUGAAUCUAAUUAUAGAUUUUUACAAUUAUUGAACAAUACUGUGAGUUGUAUGAUAAAAUAUUAAAUACCACAUAUGAAUAUUGCGCACUAACAUAAGCAUUGUCCUGUGAACAUAGAAUAAUUUCCAAUCUUUAUAACACAAAAAAUAUAUUUCUAUACAGCGCACAAA